GCAUAGCAGAAGCAGAGUGUUUCCUCUCUGUGUAUAAAAGACAGAAACCUCCUGUGCUGUGUGUCAUCAGGAGUAAAGACUGAAGAGAGAUACUGCAGGGAGAGCCAGAACCUGUCUACAGCCACAACUAUGAACUCAUCUGCUAUUACCUUCCUCAGCUUCCUGCUUGUCCUCUGUGCUCAAGGACUACCAGACAGCAGAUCCAGAAAAUGCAAGUGCUUAAACGGGUUAUCGAAGGUCAACCCACAGCUCAUCAGCCAGAUCAAGUCAGAGCCAGUCAUACACCACCCAAACAUCUUCUGCCAACAAAUAGAGAUUAUUAUCAUCAUAGGAAAGCAGGAGAAAUGCGUGAAUCCAGAGUCACCAUUCGGAAAACGUAUUCUGAAAAACAGAAAUAAGCAUGAGAACAAGAGAGCUGCGAUCAUGACGACGACCUCCAGUCAAACAAAUACAUGGAGCUCAACAAGACUCCUCCCCACAGACUCUGCUCCAACGACCAUGUAACAGCACAGAAACCCUGUUGUUGUGAUAUAAGCUUACCUUUGUCAUGUUAUUACUAUAAGUGUUCAAAUGUUCUCAGUGGCCAAUCAUGAGUUCAUGUUCUCAACUUGUCUUCACAUGUAUAUAUGAAGUAAAUAAUCUGUACAUAUAUUUACAAUAAUAAAAAACACUGAAUGGUC